AUGGCCAAUUUUCUUGAAGCCGAAGCCGCGCAAAGGUACAAGAACGCCGAGAAAGCUACUGGCCCUUAUGCCAAAACCAUCGUCGGACAAUCCGGGAUAGUUGCGCAUCUGGACUCAGGAGCUGAAGCCAAUGUUCUCGACUUUGCGUGCGGGACUGGAGUCGUAGUACAGAAACUCUAUGACACUAUACCGAAGGAAAGAUGGGGACAGCUGAAAGUACUAGGCGCUGAUAUUAGCCCGCCGAUGUUGGAAUAUUUAAGAGCGCGAGGAGAGAAGCAAGGAUGGAUGGGGCUGGAGACGAAAAUUGUAGAUGGAAACGGCGACUUCACACAGGCUCUACCCAAGUCCUCGUUCACGCACAUAUUUGUCACAUUCGCUCUGAACAUGCUCCCAGAACAGACACUCUCGCACUUGUGUUCUCUCCUACGCCCAGGUGGCUUCAUAGCAGUAGCGACAUGGUCUGCCAUGCCCUGGCAUAGUCUCCUCACUCGCAGCAUCGCGCUCAUGGACGCACCGCAGCCUUAUCCCCCUUCGCAUAAGGAGAUCCAGGAGAAACUCUGUGGACCCUGGGCUGCCGAAUCCUACGUGGCACAACGUCUUGAAGCCGCGGGGCUACAGCGAGCAGACACAUCGACGCAGAAGGAGAGCAUACGUGCUGGGACGCCCAAGGUUUUCAUAGAGAGCAUGCAGUUUCCGCUACAAUUUAUGGCAAAGAUAUGGUGGGAAAAAGAACGGAAUGGCGUCUUGGAGGAGUUGAGUGAUGCUAUGAAGGGGAUCGUAGAAAACGAGAUUGGAGAGGACGGUGAAGUGGGCAUGGAGUUCGACGGGAUUGUGGGGUGGGGAUGGAAGAGUGAUUGA